UAUAUUCAGAAUCUCUUUCUAACACAUGGAUUAGCAGCCAGCCAAUCUCCUCCUCCUCAGAUAGUCAGAUUCCUCGUGACAAAAUAUACUUUUAAGGAGGAGGAGAAAACAAGAAGUUUACACUAAUUGUCGUGCAACGUGCUCUGUCUGACUAUUUUUCAGAUCUCAAUUCCUACCAGUGUAGUUCUACCAAUGAAUAACCAGUCUUCUGCCAGCUUUUUGAAUAAAUUCUACAUCCCGGAUUACAUCCUUGUUCCAGGUGGAAAAUUUGAGGUCCCUUCACAAGAACCGGAAUUCCCAACAAUAGUGUUUAUCAACUCCAAAAGUGGUGGUCAGUUGGGUGGUCAACUUCUUGUCACAUACCGUUCUGUUUUAAAUCAAAACCAGGUUUUCGAUUUAGGUGAAGAUGCUCCUGAUAAAGUGCUACGUAAACUGUAUCUUACUCUAGAAAACCUUAAACUUAAAGGAGAUGAACUAGCUACCAAAAUAGAGAAGCAACUGCGAGUUAUUGUUGCUGGUGGAGACGGAACUGCUGGUUGGCUGCUUGGAGUUGUUAGUGAUUUGAAGUUACCGCAUCCACCACCAAUAGCAACAGUCCCUUUAGGAACUGGAAACAACCUCCCAUUUGCUUUUGGUUGGGGAAAGAAGAAUCCAGGAACAGAUCGAGAAUCUGUUUUGAAAUUCUUGGAGAAAGUUUUGGAAGGAAAAGAAAUGGAAAUAGACAGUUGGCAUUUUCUUAUGAGGAUGAAAUCUGCCCCAAAAGUAGGCUCUUGUGAUCCCAUUGCCCCAUUGGAGUUGCCUCAUUCUUUGCAUGCAUUCAAUCGUGUGUCUGAUACAGAUGAACUUAAUGUGUCAGGUUAUGACACUUAUCGUGGAGGAUUCUGGAACUAUUUCAGCAUGGGGAUGGAUGCUCAAGUAUCAUAUGCAUUUCAUUGUGAGCGAAAGCUGCAUCCAGAAAAAUUCAAAAAUCAAUUGACCAAUCAGGGCUCAUAUGCAAAAAUAGGCUGUACUCAAGGAUGGUUUGCGGCAUCUCUCUUCCAUGCUUCUUCAAAGAACAUAGCCCAUCUUAUGAAAGUUAAGAUUAUGCAAAGACAUGGGGGAUGGAAAGACCUCAAAGUACAUCAAAGUAUCAGAUCAAUUUUAUGCCUCAACUUGCCUAGCUUUUCUGGGGGACUGAAUCCUUGGGGAACGCCAAACCAUAAAAAAACUCGUGAUAGAGAUUUGACACCACCAUAUGUUGAUGAUGGCCUUAUUGAGGUGGUUGGCUUUAGAGAUGCAUGGCAUGGACUUGUGCUCCUUGCACCAAAGGGACAUGGUACCCGCCUUGCACAGACACACCGAGUAAGAUUUGAAUUUCAUAAGGGUGCAGCGGAGUCCACAUAUAUGAGAAUGGACGGUGAACCUUGGAAACAACCGCUCCCAGUAGACGAUGAUACCACCAUUGUUGAAAUUUCACAUCUUGGACGAGUAAAGAUGCUGGCCACUCAAAAUUGCCGAUCGAAAAGUGUUAAUGAUCCAUCUACUCCUCAUUCCCAUGAUCAGCCUGAAGCAGAUGGUGAUGAUAGUGAAAACGAAGAUACUCCUAGAGGUGAAGAAUGGAGAAAGUUUGGUGCAGCUGAAACAUUUAAGAUCCCAGAAGAUGUGGACAUUUCUCGUCUCAGUUAGAUAAGUUUCUCCAUGAUCAGUUAAUUUGGAUACAUGAUUUAAUUAGUAUGACAAAUACCAAUCCUAUAAACUAUAAUGAAUCUGUAGAUAUGAUCUAUUGAAAUGCCGCUACUAAGAUUUAGAAGAUCACCCUUUUUAUUAUGCACAUCCAGAAUUAAAACAUAUUGUGAAGCCAUGGUUGUAUGGUCGAGAUUGCUUUUAGAUCCCAUCUUACAUUUACGUUACUAUUAGUAAUUUACUAUAUUUGUGAAAUUAAAAUUA